AUGACUUUACAUUCCGCCCACACACACGUACAUACAGACGAUCUGUUUACUAGUCACAGGGACAGUGAAGAGGAGGAGGAGGAGGAGGGAACUGGGAGUGGUCUAUUCAGUAGCACUCGUAAAGGAGGAGGGGGACUGUUUGGAGGAGACGACGAUGAAGAGGAAGAAGAGAGGCGUGACCGAGCGGAGUCUAAUGUCUCAUCGACCGGGAGUGGGAAGAGAAAGAAGAAGCUGCCACCAGGAGCAGUACCAUUGUUUGGAGGAGGAGGGGGAGGGCUCUUUGGAGGAGAAGAUCUGGAGGAAGAGGAAGAGAAAGAGGAGGAAGAAAUUACUAAGAAAUCAAAGAAGAAGAAACGUGAUGGAAGUGGUAAAAAGAAGAAAAGAGACAAGAGAGCGAGUGAGAGUGAAGAGACAAAGCCUCCAGCUGGUAAAAAGGAGCCAAACCUGUUUGGAGAUGACAAUGAAGAGGAAGAAGAUUGGAUGACAGGAAGCACCACAAAGAAAGAAAAAGAAACGGCAAAGAAGAAACCUCCACCCACUGGAGGAGAUCUUUUCAGUACUCUUGACGAUGAUGAAGAACCUUCUGGUGGUCUGUUUGGUGAGUCUCCGCCCUCUGCCCCGCCCGUAACUGAUACCGGCAAAGCUAAGAAGAAACCUGUUGGGGGAGUGUCAAUGUUUGGUCCUGCAGGAGGUGACUUGUUUUCAAAACAGAGUGUUGGUGACAGUGAAGAUGAAGAAUACAACAGCAGUGCCAAAGCGACUCCCGUUACAACCAAGAAGCCCCCAGAGCCCAAGAAACCCGUUGCUGGGGGCCUCUUUGAUGAGGAGGAAGACGAGGGUGACAUAUUCUCUCAACUCUCCACGAUGAGCAAUAAACCAACUCCAACCACUACAAAGAAGAAGCCGACAUUGUUAUCAGACGAGAGUGAUGGAGGAGGAGGAUUAUUUGGGAGUUCACCUCCUCAAGAGAAACCGAAAGAGGAAGAGGAGGAGGAGGAGGAAGAG